UUCAAUUGAUCAUGCAAUCCGGAAAGCCAUUGGUUACGAAGCUCCCAAUCUCAGCUACCGUAUACGAGCUAAAGGCUGAGCUUCAGAGCCUUCUCAAUAUUGAGCCGGAAACAUUGGAGAUUUCUGCAUCUGAUGUAACGUGUGCCGAUUCAGAUCUUUUAAUAGAAGUUGUUGGUCUAGGCAAAAACAAACAAAUUAAGCCGGUUGUGUCUUGCUAUGAAGGCAACAAUUUUGUGGGCUUGAUACUAUUUUCCCUUGGGGGCGAGGAUUUCGCCGAUCCAUUAGUCGAUAAUUCGGUGUCAGACUCAAGUAUCGAAGAUAGUGAAUCUUCCGUCAUUGAGCUAUCCUCGGGAUCUAGUGGCGGAUCCGUCCAGCCAUCCACUAUUGAUUGCAAGCGAGGUAUUAAACGAAAAGCCCAAGGACAUGAAAUAACCAUAGAGACUAAACGGAUCAAAUAUGUUCUCGAAUCCAGUGAGGAGAGUCUAGAAAACCACUCGUAUGGAGAUAUGCAGGAGGCAUGCGAUAUGGAGGCUGCGGAAUAA